CAGGAGCCCAGCGAAGCGCCCACCCCCAAGAGACCCCGCGGACGGCCGAAGGGCAGCAAGAACAAGGCCAGCUCCAAAGGCAGGAAAGCUGCAGUCACACCAGGGAUAAAACCUCGAGGCCGACCCAAAAAACCGCAGCAGGACGAGGAGGAGGUGAACAUUUCCCAGGAGUCAUCCGAGGAGGAGCAGUGACCCCUCCCGAUCCGCCGCUACCUCAUCACCCCCCAGGACUGAGGGAGAGGGACGGGGCACAACCCCCCCCCCCCGGCAGCACCCGGCUUCUUCCUCCUCCUCCUCCUCCUGCCCCGCUCCUUCCUCACCCCCCCAACAACAGCAGCACUGGAACAGGGGGCUCAGCCCCACAGCCCUGCGGGGGGGACCCCCGCCCCGCUCCCCCCAGCACAGUGGGGCAGCCCCACUCCCCCUCACUGCGUCCCUGCAGUGCCCGGCUCGGGGUGACCCUCUUUCCCCAUCGGUUCUGGUUCAUUUUUAUUUUAUUAUUAUUAUAUAUAUAUAGAUAUAUAUAUAAUUUUUUUUUUUUU